UUUUUUUUACACACUAGCACUGAUACAGGAAACCAUGUACCGAUCUGACACAAGGGAAAAUAGUGAUUCUCCUGGUUGCAAUUAACGUGAUGCAAGCACUCUAAUGAAAGUCCUCACACCAAAGAAACGCUGCUAAGCCAUAGCUACUCAUUGAACGAUCUACCUCGUAACAUGGAUGUUAUCACGCAUCAGCGAAUAAUAAAAAAAAUCAGUAAUGUAUAUAUUUUUUUGUCAAGUACAAUUAAAGGCUAAUGUAUACUCGCACCCCCCAAAAAAUUCCUACAUGUCGUCACACCUGGGUCAAAAUGGCACCUUCCAAAAUUUUUUUUGACAACAACAAUAACGUUACAGGAAACGCUGUGGCCUUGACACUCAUGCCAAAGUGAGAAGGAGCAGCGGACUGUGACACUCUUUCCUCAACCAGGCACCGACGCACUAAUAAUAUAUAUUCCGAGCGCGAGUUUCAAAAACACCUGGAUUCAUUUACCAAAUGGCAUAGGGUUUCUAUUUUAGGAUUAAGGAGCCUUCAUUAUUACGUAUAGGAGAUUCAGAGGUUCGGCGGGGCGGGGGUGCUUGGCAACCAAGGUCCCAGCCCGUGCUGGCAACGCUGCGGCCCGGCGUAAACAUUGUAUAAGCUGUAAGGGCGAAGGUCCUGUGACGAGAUGGCGAGUUACCGUGUGUGAGGGGCGGCCAGCUGCUGGAUGACGGAGAAGGCAUCCCCUGCAGCCAUGUCGGACCUGCAGCCGGUGCAGCAGAUGGUGUCCUCGUGCACGGGGGCGCUCAUCACCUCGGUGUUCAUGACACCCUUUGAUGUGGUGAAGGUUCGGCUGCAGGCCCAGCAGAGAGCUGAGCUUGCUAGUAAGUGCUUCUUGUACUGCAACGGUCUCAUGGACCACAUCUGCAGGUGUGCCGAGACACUGAGUGUCCACACGCAGGGAAAUGCCUGGUACAACCGCCCUGUGCCUGUCCACCUCAACGGAACACUGGAUGCAUUUGUGAAGAUCUCCCGACAAGAAGGUAUGCAGUCCCUGUGGUCUGGCCUCUCCCCAACGCUAGUGGUGGCACUGCCCAACACAGUCAUCUAUUUCACCUCCUACGAGCAGCUGCGCACUGUCUUAAACCGAUACCUGCUGCUGGAUAGUACUGAGCCAUCAUCCCUCAUUGGGGGGGCAGCAGGCGGCCUGGCCAGGGUGUGGUCGGUCACUCUGGUGUCGCCCUUUGAGCUGGUGCGCACCAAGAUGCAGGCCACCACCAUGACUUAUAAAGAAUUGGCGAUGGUGAUGAGGAGGGAGGUGAGCACUGGUGGUGUGCGCAGUCUGUGGCGGGGCUGGGUGCCAACAGUCCUUAGAGAUGUUCCCUUCUCCAUAUUGUAUUGGCUGAGCUACGAGAAGCAGAAGAUCCUCAUGAACCAGCAGUGUCCAUCCUUCCAGUUCACUCUUAUUGCUGGAGCUGUGUCAGGAGGGAUUGCUGGUACCCUCACCCUUCCUCUUGAUGUGAUCAAGACCCACAGGCAGAUUGAAAUUGGUGAGGAGUUGUUUUCAGAUAGCACCAAGGCCUCCCGGUCAACGUGGGAGAUGCUGCAGCACAUCUACCGGCAGCAAGGUGUCCGGGGCCUCUUCUCUGGCCUGGUGCCUCGCCUUGCCAAGGUCAUGCCCGCAUGCGCCAUCAUGAUCUCCACCUACGAGUACGCCAAGAAGUUCUUCCGCAACAGAGGGCAACACAUCAUAGAGAAGAGCAGCCUCCCCCUCCCCCAAGCCCAAACUGUCUCCUAAGUACUUAUCUUCAUCACCUAAGGGAAGGUGGGGCAGAUGGAUGUUCUCUUUUGGGAGGGAACAAUGGUGCUGUGAUGGAUUUUGUUACUGUUGAAAGAGUCUUUGUGUAUAUAUUUGUACAUGUCCAAAAUUAUCAUAGUUUUAUAUGAUAAUUGUGCAGUGUCCCAGUGAUAAUUUAAAGAAAAAAAUGAUUAGAUAUAUUUACAGAUUUUUUACUCCUAGUCUAGUCUUUCGUGCAGUGCUGGAGUUGUGUUCCCUGCUCGAUUAAUAUUAAUUGCAACUGACUACCCACCUGCACUCAAGUCCCUGUGAUGGCACACCAAAGCUUGUUUGGUUCACCUUGGUCUUGCACAACCCACAAAAACAAUAACUUUUACCCCUCAUCGGGGCACCAAGUUUCUCAUGCCAGCUGUUCAAACACCAAAAUGUACUCAGGCAGCCAAGGAAGGGCAGCACCUUCAUCCCUUGACUACUUUUGUAUUUCUUUGUGUUGUAGGUUUACUGCUCUCAACAGCAUGAUCUGCUUUUUAUUAUAAUUUUUUUUGUAUGUAUUACUUGUUGGUAGUGUCUGUUUCAUAUGUUGCUGGUGUUAUUGCGACGUUUUUCCAUGUGAUACUCCAGAAGGUGCAGUGCAGCAGUUGUUGGUGUAGUUUAAGGCAAUAAAGUUAUAAUGACUCAGAA